AUGGUUCUUCAGUAUGAUGAAAAUGUUCGCAAACUGCUGUAUCGGAGAUCAUGCCAAUACACGCAGAGCGGACUUGUGGAUGCCUCUGUCCUCGAAGCUGAUCUCGUCGAGAGGGUGAAGAGCUUCGCGAAGCGUUAUCCGAACAGCAGGACAGCCCAGGCUUGCAAGGCUGUGGAGGGAUGCACCCCCGACGCUAUCGCAGAAGCCAUCCGCUCGACAUGUCAGCAGGCACGACGUGAGCUUCUGCAAGAAGCGAUGACUGGAUGGAGUGACGCAUCCAGAGAGUGGUUUAUGCAGCAGAUUGAGGAAGCCAAGACUCGGGAGAAGGUCGAGACAUACACCGCCUCAGCAGGCAACGAGGUAACUUCCUUCAUCUCCAUGACUCUCCUGGGCAUCUCCUCGGUGUAUGUCAACCAUGAAGAAAAGCUGAAGAAGAAAUUUGAAGAGAUCGGACUGAUCGUAGACUCAGUGCAAGAGAGUAAAGCAAUCAUGUGGAAGGCUCCGUAUAGACCCGAGAUAGCGAGUGCUGAGGAGAUCCCGGUGACUGUUUCCUUCCUCCGCAAUGCACAAGCGGAGAAGCUCUGGCAGGGAAGAGAGGACUUCGCGAUCGAUGGUCGCAAGUUCACAGCUGUACAUGUGAGCAUCGUGCACGAUCGAUCUUUCAAGAUUCGAGCCAAGAGAGGACCCUGGGGCAAAGGGGGCAGCUUGGCAGAGCUGACUCACCUGCUAACCUUGGGCGGCAUGACAACGGCUGAGAUAGCUGCCGUCUAUCGCUAUCAGCUGCUGCGCCAGUCCCUUGCAGCGGACAGCAAGUCCACAAAGGCUUAG